AUGCCUAGUGGCGGUCCGGCCUGGAUCGAUACUGAUCUCAUCCAUCCAUUCUUCUACUUUCCUGCGGUGCGCAAGAUCAAGGGAGUCGAGCUUGGUCCGCUGCAGAUGGGGUUGAAGCCUCUGGGCGACGAUGAGGAUGGGGAUGGACUUGGGGACGAGAGCGAUGAUGAGAGCGACAAUGAGGAUGACAAUGAGAAUGGCAACGACGAGAGCGACAAUGAGAGCGACAACGAGAGCUACAACGUGGGCAAUCCGACCGGUGCAUUAACGGUUGAAGAGCCUCUCAUUGCGGGCCAUUCCUACAGCCGGGUCAACGAAAUCAUCGCCCACAGUUGCUUUGAUAACCGCGGCAUCUGCAACUGGCUCGAAGAAUGCUCACCCCUGAAGCAUGUAGAUAUACGACUAGCCGUGUUUCGAGACGACGAAGCAACGGACUCGAGAUACUGGUUCCGUGCCUGCACAUUCUUUGAAGCCCUUGAAUUUUCCCAGAAAACACGCGAGACUCUUCGCCUCGGGGCUGAUUGGCAACCGAACGAGGAGCGCCACAUGAUUGACGACGGUGGACCAUUGGGCUCUUUCAUGGAUUCACUGCUCUCCAAGAGCAAUCUGGUCGACAUCCUUCCCGACUCCAUUCCAAGGUUGGGAAUUACCGAUCUUGUGGACGAGUAUUACGCCGAUCUGCUGCAGGAGCUGUUGGACCUCGUCGAGCAAAAGGACAAUUUCCCACUGUUAGAAGAAAUCAUUCUCUACGUUGACAAGGUCCCGUCGGGCUCCCUGGAUCUUUUAGGGCACUAUGUGCGAGGAGGUCGAUAUCACCUUGAUCGUUGA